AUGAUGACCGGAGCCUACGUGACAAUGGCAGCGGCGACGGCAGCUGAGCGCUUACAAGGCACGUCGGAGGCCAGAUGCUUUGUGGGCUAUGACAUUACUGAGUGGAUGAAGCUUUUGCUGAUCUUUUUUCUCUUUACCUUCUCCACCGAUGGAUCAUCCCGCCACCGUUAUCAUCAUGUAGCCGCCGUCGGAUUCAGUUCAACGCCAACAGCAGCGGUGGUGAGGCAGAUCCGGAUGCGGGGAGGUGCACCGUUGAAGAUGGCUAUGUUCGCAGACCUGCACUUUGGGGAAGCCGCAUGCACAGAGUGGGGCCCGCAACAAGACGUAAACUCAACCAAGGUCAUCAACACAGUUCUUCACGAUGAAGCUCCAGGUAUCAAUUGCUUCAUAGAUAAGUGA